ACGGAAGCAGAAGACAGCGAGAGGGGGCAGGAGAGGCGCAGACACAGGGAGGGAGGUUCAGACAGGUAAAAAUACGGUUAAAGAGAAACGGGGACAAAGGUAGAAAUAGGUGCAGGGAGGUAGAGACAGACAGGUAAACAAAGACAGAGAGAGCGAGCAUCAUGGCGCUGAUCCCCUCGCAGGUUCUCCGGGUCGCCAUCCUGCUGUCUUAUUUCUCCAUCCUCUGCCACUACAAAGCUUUAGACAUGCCGGCACACCAGACCUACGGGGGCAGCUGGAAGUUUCUGACCUUCAUCGACCUGGUGAUCCAGGCGGUGUUUUUCGGAGUGUGUGUCCUGAUCGAUGUGUCCAGUCUGCUGACUAAGGGAGGCGACAGCAGGGAACAAGAGCGGCAGCUGAGGAAGCUGAUUGGCCUCAGGGACUGGAUGAUGGCCGUGCUGGCCUUCCCUGUCGGAGCGUUUGUGGUCUUUACAUUCUGGACUCUGUACCUGUACGACAGAGACCUGGUCUACCCCAGACUACUGGACAACUUCAUUCCUCAGUGGCUCAACCACGGCAUGCACACCACCGUCCUUCCCUUCAUCAUCAUCGAGAUGCGGACCACCCACCAUCGGUAUCCCAGCAGGCUGUGGGGUCUGGUAGCAGUGUGCUGCUUUGGCAUAGGAUACAUCCUCUGGACGUGUUGGGUGCACCAGGUGACAGGUGUGUGGGUGUACCCAGUGCUGGAGCGCAUCACUCCGCUGGCUCGAGUCAUCUUCUUCAGCGCGAUGACGGUGGUGAUUUGUGUCUUCUACGUACUUGGAGAAAUCCUCAACAGCUACAUCUGGGACCAGCCGCACACAGUGAAGGUCAAAGGUGAGUGAGCCUCUCUCGGCUGUGCGGGCAUCGAAAUCGGCCUCGGUCGUGCUGAUGAGGACGAGUCGUGCCCCGCCCACCCAGGACAGCACAAGAAAGAAAACGAGCGACCUCUCUGGAAGUGGAAGUGACCAUAACCCUUGAACUGUAUCCAUAACAAUAACCAUAAAAAAGACAGAAACAUCAUCAGUCACAUGUAAAAAGAGAAAAAAUCGACAGAUGAAGCGUCAGAAUUCAUCUUUGGUUUUUUUUCUGUUUUUCUUUUUUUUUUCCUUGUUUGUUUUUUGUUGCUUGUUUUUCAGUGUUAAAAGUAAAGCAGCCAUGUUGCAUCUGGCUAUGUCAUGUGGAGGACAGCAAACAAAAUGCACAAAUCUACGUCUACGCAAAACAUUCAACAUAAGCACUGACAUCCUACACACGUCCACACAGGGACAGAAACACAAACAGUAUUUGUAAUCUGCUUUUCUGGUUUGAACUAUUUAACAAAGGGAACAAAUUCCUUCAUAAGCUACUACGAAACUACUGAACAUCAGCAAUGUGUUGAACCUCAUGUUAUGAGUCACGACAUGGCAUCAUUACAUCUGUGGAAGAAACUACAUGUCAGAACAAAAUGAAUAAAGUCUGAGUGGAAAAUCA